CUCAAAUGGCUGCUAUAAUUCAAUACCAGUAUCUGUCAUUUUCCGACUUUCUGGAACACUACGAGGAUAACUCGGACCGGAAAGAUCUUCAUGCUUUCAACGUGGAACAUCCAUCCCCCGAAGCAAGAGGAAACCUCGCUUCAAUAUGGGCAAUCGAGCAAUUGGAACCCCAACCAAGAUCUCUUCAGGAGAUUCUCUCAGUCCUUGGCCCUGAUUGUAUUCAAGAGCGCGUGUUGACAUCCAAGAUCCCAGACUACAAGCAUCUCGAAGAUUACCCCAAGCGUGGCUUCUCUUACUCAGCUGCUCGGACAGACCUUAUUCGAAGAUCACUCGUCAAGCGCAAUGAGGAUAACAAAGAGCUUUAGAUUCAUC